CCCCUCCGUUUUCUCGAUUUUCACGAUUCUUCUUCCCCUCCGUUUUCUCGAUUCUUCUUCCCAGGAAUGGAUGUUCGUCGUCCUCCUUGAAUCCGAACGCCCCGCUGUUCGUCCCGAUGGCUUACCAAGCGGUGGAGGAUUUCUCCGAUCAGUGGUGGUCGCUCAUCCAAUCUUCCACCUGGUUCCGCGACUACUGGCUCCAGGAGCGCUACCAGGAUCCCCAAUCCGACUUCUUCCUCCCCGACGACCUCGAUUUCUUCGACGACGGCGCCGAUUUCCUCAGCGGCAAAGGUAUGUGGAGGAGAAGUAAGAGGAAGCGGCCCGGAUGAAAUGGGACAUGGCGACGAUGG